GUACAAAUUUUGCAAAUUUUGAAUGUUGUUAUCAACCUAUCACUUGAACGAAUUUGCCUAAAUCCUGUAACGUUGUCAUAAAUUUGUAAAUACUCUGCAGUAAUGAUUUUCUCAAUUUACAUUAUAUUAAUUUUAUCAAUAUUGUACACAUCAUGGGGAGAUCAAUAUGUAUUAAUAUCUGAUAUAGAAAGCGAAGAAGAGGAUAUUAUAGAAAUAAAAUUAAACCAUUAUUCUCCAACAUGGAAUAGUUUAGAUAAUCGUCCACUUCCAAAUUGGUAUGAUGAUGCAAAACUUGGUAUUUUUAUUCAUUGGGGUGUUUUUAGCGUUCCUAGUUUUGGCUCUGAAUGGUUUUGGAAUAAUUGGAAAGAAGAAACAGCUAAUACAAAAUACCGUGACUUUAUGAAACAAAGAUAUCCACCUAAUUUUACAUAUCAAGACUUUGCUCAUGAAUUUACUGCUGAAUUUUUCAAUGCAACACAAUGGAGUGAAUUAUUUCAAGCAUCAGGUGCAAAAUAUAUUGUACUAACAAGUAAACAUCAUGAGGGAUAUACAUUGUGGCCUUCAAAAUAUUCAUUCAGUUGGAAUUCUGUAGAUGUAGGACCACAAAAAGAUCUUAUAGGAGAAUUAGCUACAGCAAUAAGAAGUUCAACUAAUUUGAAAUUUGGACUUUAUCAUUCUUUGUAUGAAUGGUAUAAUCCUCUCUACUUAUCUGAUAAAGAUAACAAUUUUACAACCCAAACUUUUGUUGAACAAAAGAUAAUUCCUGAAUUACAUGAGUUAGUGGAAAAAUAUGAGCCAGAAGUUUUAUGGUCUGAUGGUGACUGGGAAGCGUCAGAUGUUUACUGGAAAUCAAAAGAAUUUUUGGCAUGGUUGUAUAAUGAAAGUCCUGUGAAGGGUACAGUUGUAGUAAAUGAUAGAUGGGGACAAAAUAUACCAUGCCAUCAUGGUGAUUUUUACACGUGUUCUGAUCGUUAUAAUCCUGGAGUACUCUUAUCGCACAAAUGGGAAAACUGUAUGACAAUUGAUAAAAAAUCUUGGGGAUUUCGUAGGAAUGCUGUAUUGUCAGAUUAUUUCACUUUGUCAGGAUUGAUAAAAGAAUUAGUAAUUACUGUAAGCUGUGGAGGAAAUUUAUUAAUGAAUGUUGGACCAACAAAAGAUGGCAUUAUUACUCCAAUAUAUGAAGAAAGAUUACGUGGAAUGGGUGAUUGGUUAAAAAUAAAUGGGGAAGCUAUUUAUGAUACCAAACCUUGGAAAGCACAAAAUGAUAGCUUGACUAAUGAUGUUUGGUAUACACAAAGCAAAAAUGCAAAUCAAAUUUAUGCCACAAUUCUUGAAUGGCCAAAUAAAGAUGUAUUAUAUUUAGGAUCAUUUAAAACAACUCCAAGUACACGAAUUUCAGUUCUUGGAUCUAAAUUACUAAUUAAUUGGAAACAAAGUAGUGAAAAAUUGACUAUAUCAUUACCAGCAGAACUUCAUAAAGGACAACCAGCCUGGGUAUUAAAAAUAAAACCAGAAUAACAAAAACAGAAUAAUAUUUAAAUAUAUAUUUUAUUAAAAAUAAUAUUCACCUAAAAAAUAAAAUACAUAUAAGUAAAA